GGUGGGUCGAAAAGAGACGUUAGAUAUUUUACGAAUAGGGGGUAAUCAUGCAAGCUACGGGUUUUACCGUCGGUGCGCCUCUUGCAGCUCCCAGAAGCUCACCUCAUGCCUGCAGAAGUUCCAUCUCGUUGAGAAGUGGAUUCUUGGGAACAUCGACCAGCAGCUGUCAGCACAAAUCGAUAUGCGGAUGCAGAUUGCAGCAGAGCAGUCAGUAUGCGCGGCAGGGACAGGGCUCUCGAAGGACGACUGUUAUGGCAGCAAAAGUGGUGGGUAUGAUUAAGCUGGCGCUCCAAGCUGGAAAGGCCAACCCGGCACCUCCGGUGGGCCCUGCUCUGGGAUCAAAGGGUCUCAACAUCAUGCAGUUCUGCAAAGAGUACAACGCUGCCACCCAGGACAAAGUUGGCACUGUCAUCCCCGUUGAGAUCACCUGCUUCGAGGACCGCAGCUUCACAUUCAUCUUGAAGACACCGCCGGCGUCAGUGCUGCUGCAGAAGGCUGCUGGCGUCCAGAAGGGAUCUGGCACCCCAAACACAGCUAAGGUUGGCCAGGUCACCCGCGCACAGCUCCAGGAAAUUGCGACCACAAAGCUCCCGGACUUGAAUGCCACUACAGUGGAGGCUGGCAUGCGGAUCAUUGAGGGGACAGCGAAGAACAUGGGCAUCACUGUUGUUGACUAAGGAAGCUAGCAGACGGUUCUCAGCAGCGUUUCUGACAACCGCCAUGCAACGGAUGAUUGCUGAACCUUUAGCCGCCAACUUCUCCCGAUGUCUCAUCUCACCAGAGAUUGCGAUGUGUGCUGAUCAGCACAACUUGUCAACUUCAUUGCAGAAUUACGCAGAUGGUUCUCUGUACGUUUAUAAUAUUAUGCUGGCUUCCAGUUUUGUAAUGAGCUGUACAGCUGUU